UGGAUGCCAUCAUAUCGUUUCAUUCACGUUUGGGAAAGGAAUUCGAACCACAACAAACCCGGCACAUCCGAUGAAAUGAGUAGCGUUCGCUAGCUUGGCCCUGUAAUUAAGGAUCCCGGUUGAGGCGUGGGAACUCGGGACUUUAUUUCCGCAUCGGGGAGCAGACUCUGAACCCAAAGUGAAAUUGGGUUACCGCGGUUCAGACAUUUUGAUUUCGGGGAGUGUACCGAGUUGUUAUGUUGCAGUCGCUCUCCUGUAAGACAUGCGUGCGGUUAACCGAGCGGAACCGUGCCGCUUGGUACUUCGUUUUUCUGAUACUCAGCUACCUGUUGUUUCUGGUGCUGGGGGCUGUGGUGUUCUCGGCCGUGGAGCAGCCGUACGAGGAUCGCCUCCGCCGUGACUUGUACGAGCUCAAGCGGCUCUUUUUGGAGGAGAACCAGUGUCUGUCUGAGGAGAAGCUGGAGGGGCUUUUGGCGCGCACCCUGGAUGCUAGCAAUUAUGGCGUGCCCGUGAACGACAAUGCUCCGGACAGCUGGAACUGGGACUUCACCUCGUCGCUGUUCUUUGUGAGCACUGUCUUAACGACUACAGGGUAUGGCCACACUGUUCCCUUGUCAAACGGCGGAAAAAUAUUUUGUAUAGUUUACUGUUUCAUUGGGAUUCCUUUUACGCUCCUUUUUUUAACUGCGCUGGUUCAGCGUAUUACCGUCUUCUUAACUCGGCAGCCGGUUCUGUACAUUCAUCUGCGCUGGGGCUUCUCCAAGGAAGCUGUUGCUGUCGUCCAUGCCUUUCUUUUGGGAUUCAUCACAGUCUUAUGUUUUUUUAUAAUCCCAGCGGCAGCGUUUUCCGUCAUUGAAGAAGACUGGAAUUUUCUAGAAUCCUUUUACUUCUGCUUUAUCUCCUUAAGCACAAUUGGCCUUGGUGAUUAUGUUCCUGGGGAAGACUAUAAUCAGAAAUUCCGUAAUCUUUACAAGUUUGGUAUCACCUGUUACCUGUUGCUGGGGAUUGUUGCAAUGCUUGUAGUUCUGGAAACCUUUUGUGAGCUACAGUCACUGAAAACGUUUAGGAAAAUAUUCCAUGUAAAGAGAAAAAAAUACGAAGACCAAGAAACCAUAGUGGAACAAGACCAACUAUCUUUCUCUUCGAUUUCGGCCCAAGCUGCAUUUUUAAAGGAAGAACAGAAGGAGGAACAGAAGUUAAAUGAACCAUUUGUGACUCUACAGCCAUUGGGAAACAGUGCUCCUGAUGGCUCCGUAAACCAUUAACAAUAUCAAAAUAAUUGAAACCUUUUCAUUAAUAUCUACCUCCACUUAUAGGGUGAACUAAAGCAUGAAACAAAAUGCUGUUUUUCUAUGUAGUGAAUGAAGCAUGUAUAAAGGGAAAUGAGAGACGCGUACAUUCCUGCACACGCACAGCUUCCUGUACUGCACACUGCUGCUCACAGUCGCAAAGAAGGCAGUACUGAGUCCACUAACAAAAUGCUCCUUAUGUUUACGUGCGGACUACACACUCCAAGCAUUACAAAAAUGAAUGCUCUUGAAUAUAGCCAGGGAUUUGAGGUUGAUGAGAUCCAAGUGCUGUCAGAUGACCUUUAAGUUGUAAUACGGAAAUGUGUUUUGAAUGUAUGCGUUUCUAAUAAAUAUGUGGAUUUGGCACAUAUGCUGCAGUGUGUAUGGCUGUUUUCCCUUUUAAGUUUGCAUCAAA